CUUUAUAUUAAAACGGUGUCCUUGUUCUUUUUUAUACAAGUAUUUUAGUUAUAAGAAAGUGUCCCUAUCGAGAUAGUAGGUUCUCAAAAGUUUUCUUGUUUCAUCAUUUUCAGUUCAAAACAAAUGUUGUGCUACCGUCUCUUCAUUACUUUCUUCUUCCGUUAACAAUGCAGUAUAAUGAAUACGUUUCCUUUGGUUGCUUGUCAAAUUUAGCACAUGCCUCAUCUCCCAUUUCAUCCGUCAUUGUCACAUGUCUUCUGAUGACAAGUAUUUCUUUUGACACCAUCUGAAAUGCAUCAAAUUGUUGAAGAAUAAGAACAAAACAGGUUCUUUAAGUUGGAACUGCAACCCUUCAUUAAAUAUUUAUAUCUUGCUUUCAAGUUUGUACUCUUUUUGAUGUUAAUGAUUUUCCACAACCGAAUCUGUACUUAAAAUGUUCCAUUAGCCUUCAAACUUGGAUAAACUUUUCUACUAUUUUGUCCUUAUUCUUCCAUUAUAAAUUACUUUGUCUGAAACAAGUUCCACUAUUUUCUCUGACCCCCAGCUCAAAUUUUCUUACUAUUUAUCACAGACUCACUCACUGUACACAUUCUGAUUCUCGCUUGUUUGAAGCAAAAAAAUGAAUCUUAUACAAAACCCCUCUUUAAGUUUGCUACUACACUUGUAUUUCUUUCUGCUUUGUCUUCAUUGCACAAGUUCUUAUCCCACAGCCAUGAACUGCACCGACACAAGUCGUGUUUGCACUUCUUUCUUGGCCUUUAAGCCUCAUCAAAACCAAACCUUGGCUGUGAUACAAAGCAUGUUUGAUGUGUUGCCCGGUGAGAUCACCGUUGAAGGCAAUGGCUGGGAUUAUAUAUUCAUCAGGAAAAACUGUUCUUGUGCUGCUGGUAUGAAGAAGUAUGUGUCUAACACCACACUCACUGUGAAAUCCAAUGGAGGAUUUGAGCAUGAUUUGGUGAUGGAAGCCUAUGACAGGCUUGCUCUCUUGCCCAACACCACGACGCGUUGGGCAAGAGAAGGCGGUAUCAUAUCUCUGAGCUUGUUCUGUAGUUGCUCUAGUGGACUGUGGAACUAUCUGAUGAGCUAUGUCAUCAGAGAUGGGGACAGUGUUGAAUCACUAGCAAGCAGGUUUGGGGUUAGUAUGGAUAGCAUUGAGACAGUGAAUGGCAUUGACAAUCCUACUGUUGGUUCUCUCGUUUAUAUACCUUUGAAUUCGGUUCCUGGUGAGUCUUACCACUUGAUGAAUGAUACUCCUCCAGCUCCAACCCCUUCGCCGUCUGUUAAUAAUUUUUCAGCUGACCAAGUCAACCAGAAGGCUCAUGUACCCCAUGAAUGGAUCAUAGGAGGUUUAGGGGUUGGUCUUGCUCUGAUAAUAUUAACCAUUAUUGUGUGUGUGGCCCUAAGAUCACCCAAUUGUUUGGUUGAAGCCGGAAAUAAUGCAAAAGAUUCUUCAGGAAAGAUCUCUAAUAAGUUCUAUGUUUUUGGAAAUCCAAGUUUGUUUUGUGGAUGUGUCAAACCUGUGGACCAGAAGCAAACUGAUGGUGAAUCCAGCAGUCACCAAAUUACCGGUACCAAAACAUCAACUCUAAUACCUGACAUGUUGGACAUGGAUAAGCCUGUAGUUUUUUCAUAUGAAGAAAUUUUUUCUUCAACUGAUGGUUUCUCUGAUUCAAAUCUACUUGGGCACAGAACAUAUGGCUCUGUUUACUAUGGUCUCCUCGGUGACCAGGAAGUUGCUAUUAAAAGAAUGACAUCUACUAAAACUAAAGAAUUUAUGUCAGAGGUAAAAGUUCUGUGCAAGGUUCAUCAUGCUAAUCUGGUAGAAUUGAUCGGCUAUGCGGUUAGCCAUGAUGAGUUUUUCCUUAUUUAUGAAUUUGCUCAGAAAGGUUCACUCAGCAGCCAUUUGCAUGAUCCUCAAAGUAAGGGUCAUUCACCUCUUUCUUGGAUCACAAGGGUCCAGAUUGCACUUGAUGCUGCUAGGGGCCUUGAAUACAUACACGAGCAUACAAAAACUCGUUACGUCCAUCAAGAUAUCAAGACAAGCAACAUUUUACUUGAUGCUUCCUUUAGAGCCAAGAUAUCAGAUUUUGGGUUAGCAAAACUUGUAGGUAAAACAAAUGAGGGAGAAACCGAAGCAACCAAAGUUGUAAAUGCAUAUGGAUAUCUUGCUCCAGAAUACUUGAGCAAUGGCCUUGCAACGACCAAAAGUGAUGUCUAUGCAUUUGGUGUUGUUCUUUUUGAGAUUAUAUCAGGGAAGGAAGCCAUUAUUCAAACACAAGGCCCUGAAAAACGAUCAUUGGCAUCUAUUAUGUUGGCAGUUCUUAGGAACUCACCUGAUACCGUGAGCAUGUCAAGCACGAGAAACCUCGUUGAUCCUAUUAUGAUGGAUAUGUAUCCCCAUGAUUGUGUAUAUAAGAUGGCCAUGCUGGCAAAGCAAUGUGUGGAUCAGGAUCCUGUAUUACGCCCUGAUAUGAAACAAGUUGUGAUUUCCCUCUCACAAACCCUGUUGUCUUCUGUUGAGUGGGAAGCCACUCUUGCUGGGAACAGCCAGGUAUUCAGUGGCCUUGUUCAGGGAAGAUAGUUUACACAACAUCAUCAUUUUCGCCCACUACUCCAUCAUCUUUUUCCCGUCUCUUCUUUAUAUACCCCUCUCUUUUUUCAAUAGAUAUAUAAUAAAAUAGGAAGUUACACUUGUCAUGUAAACGAUGUGUCAAUUGCAUUUUAUUUGAGAGAAAAUUUUUGAAAAUUAGAAUAUGUGGUGGUGGAAUUGAAAAAGGAUUUCGCUGCUCUCUGAUUAGUACCGACAUAAUUUGUAAUUUGGCAUUAAUGUAAGCACGUUUGUAUCAUCUGAUUACUUUGAUUAGUAGCCAGAUAUGGUAAGGCGUGAUGCAAUUUCCACAUUUUUGUGGUUGCAACUUUGGAUCCAUGCCAGGACUUGCAGUCUUUUGAUGCUGCCAAAUGACAUGGUGCUUUGUCUCGAGAUAAUUAUAAAAGUUCAGAUUUGACUUGCUCGUUUACUAUUGUCGCCAAAAGAGAGAAUGGAUACAUCAC